AUUGUUCAUUGACAAUAUAACUUAACGCUAACAUUAAUUUAUUCUAUUCUUAAAGGAAUAAUGGAUAUACGUUUAAUAGUUUUAUGGAUCUCAUGCAUAGUAAAAACUAAAGGAAGUUUCUAUGUCACAGAAGUAUCUUCAACAUGGAAGGACAGUGGUAAUGAAUGCAAAAUUGCAACCCCAUCUUUAUCUUUCACAGCUGACGGUGUACAUAUUGACAGUGAAGGUCUGAACGAUAUAGUUCCCGCUGAAAAGGGCGUCUGGGUUGGAUAUUACCGAAUACAAAACUCCUUUGAUUACAUUGGUUGUAUGCCAUUGCAUACUUACACAUUUGACGAAACAAAAAUUGAGAGGGUCAACCAAGCAAGUCCCGGAAUGUGUUACAAAUUAUGCCAAUAUGGAUUAUAUAUUGGCAUUUUCCAAAACCAGUGUUAUUGCUUCCAAUCAAAUGAGAAUAAUUAUGUGACAAAUCAAACAUCCUGCAAUUUACAAUGUGAUGGUCAGAUUGGACCUGUCUGCGGAGGUUUGCUUGAAAAUGGAUUAAAGUUUAUGUCGCUCUAUAAACAUAAUCCCCUUGCUAAAACAAGACAUGAAAACGAGAUUGAAGGUGCAUUUUGUCUUAAGAUAAAACCAAAGUCCAGAGAGUAUCACUGGUCAAACUGUUCUCAGCAUUUAAAAAAUCUUUGUAAUUUUGAAGGAACAUAUUUACCUGUUUCUUCACCUGCAAAUCUGAUAUCAUGGAGUGACAAUUUCAAUGAUUGUAUCCAGAAUCGUGGUGUGGCAGUGUCAUUUCAAACCGACAUUGACAUGAUACUAGAAGAAAAUUAUCAACUAGAUAUUGCUGUUAAACUAAAGGAUUAUGAUCAGUUUUGGACGAAUGUGAUACGAAGUCCAGUCAUAAUAUCUUUUAGAGCUAAUGAUGAAUUCGACCAAAACACUUUCAGGAAUGAAAUCGGAAUUGAUUAUGGAUAUAUUAUGAAACGCAAUGGUACAAUCUUGCUAAAGUUUUCCGGAAGUCCUGACGAAAAGCGUUAUAUUCUCUGUACAAAAGAGACAGAAGUGGCAGUCAUUUUCACUAUUGUUAUUUUAUUAUUUGCUAUCCUAGCUGUCGUGUUAGCUGCAGUAAUAAUCAAGAGAAGAAAUAUAGUUAGGUUAUGGCUAAGGUAUUCUUCAAAAACCGUUUAUCGAUGUAGCAAAAACAAGUUGACUGUUUCUACAGGCACAGUGGUUAACACCGAGGAACCACAUGUCGUUGAUACCAACGUACCAACGGAUCAGAAUAUUUCCGUUCAGCUACAUGUUUCAGUUGAUAUACAUGCGGACCAAUUUGAAAAUAACUAUUACGACACGACAUUUAAGAAGGAAGGUGGUUCAUAUGAUGGAAGUGAUGAUGUCUACAGUAAAGGGAAAACAGAAAAUAACUCUGCCUAUGACAAUACCCUCAGUCAAAAUAGAAAAUUGAUAUGUAUAUCUGAACAUUCAUAUAAUAGCAUGAUAGUAGUAUCCUCGAGGUUUAAAGAAAACAUCGAAAACCUUAAUACUGAAGGAAAAACUGCAACAGCAAAUCUGCAGACGAAACCCAAUGGUAUCACUGAAAUUGUACAAAGUGACAAUGAACUCGAUAGCAAAGAAUUUGAGAUGAAGUCACUGACAGAAAUUGAUAAAGAAAAACCAAACAUUUAUGAUGAAUAUGUUGCAAUUAAAGCUGAGAGGCCUACCACAAAUGAUAAUUGUGAAGUCGUACUAACUGAUGUUGCAGUUGAAGAUGGGGAAUAUGUUGGCAUUAAAGCUGGGAUGCCAAUCGAUAAUUGUGAAGUCGCACUUACAGAUGAUACAGUAGAAGCUGAUAUCUCUACAGCUGAAAAGCAACAAAAUGAUGAUACAUAUGAUGACGUAGAAUGUCAUAUAUCUGUGUCGAAUGGAUAUUGUAUAAACCUUCACAAACCUGAUAUUUUGCAUAAGGAAAAUGAUGGUAGAAUUGGUGCUAAAAAAUGUGUGAUGUCAGCAUUAAAUGAUAAAUGUGAGCAUAUGAAAAGUAGAAGUAAUGGUGAUAAUGACCUGUUAGACAACGAAGACGUGAAAAGUAACGGUUCGCCUGAAUCUAAUGAUGAUGGACAAGAACAUCACGAUGAAGGUGAAUAUGUUGCAAUUCAGCCUGAAACACCUGUUGUAAAUAGGCAUAGUCAGUAUUGGAAAAGUGAAGACUUUGAUGUACUUUCUGACUAUACCCUACAAAAUGACGAUACGUAUGAUGAUGUAGAAUUUAUUCAUCAAUCGCAAGAAACUUGCAAAAAUCUACAACAUAAUGGCGAAUGUGGUGAAGUAACAUUCAAAAUGCCUGCCAUAAAUAAAAGUUGUGGUGAAAAUGUGAAAGAUGAGGAGUCUGAUCAUCGAAACUUGCAAAUCGACGACAUGUAUGAUGAUAUUGAAUUUAAGAUAUCUAAGUCGAAUGUACAAAAUUGUGAACCAUCUAGUGAAAAUAAAUCUAAAUCACCUAAAUUAGAUAUUGAAAAUAACGAUGAUGAUGAUGAGGAGGAGAAGGAUGAAGAUAAUGAUGAUUAUGAUGAUGAGGACGACAAUAACGAAAAAGAUGAUGACCAUGAUAAUGAUGAUGUUGAGGAUGAUGAUGACGGUGACACCGUAAAAGAUGGUGAUAACAAAGAAGAAGAAAAAAGAAAAUGAUGAUUUAUUUUAAGUUAAAGAAGAUAUGCUAAUAUGUUAUAAUGAAUAACAAGUGCUAGUGACACAUGCAUUAAUUGUUAUAAAUAAAAUGAUUAUCAUAAAGAAAUAUAUGAAUCUCAAACAAUAAAAGCAAAAUAGAUAAAAAUAUAACCUUCUUGAAUUGUAUUUGU